GAGGAGAAAAGGAGUCCACCUCUACCUGACUUCCUCUGCUCCCUUCCCCCCUUCUCCGCGUUUCGCUCCCUCGUAAACCUUCUUUCACCUCACGCACACUCUCUUCCUUCCUCUUUCUCUCUCUCUCUGAUGAGAGAUCAGAACCAUUAGAAAAAAUAAAUAUAUCAGUAUCAGAACAAAUACAGAGAGAAAGAAGAGAAAAUGACCCUUUUUUCCCUUCCUCUCAUGACCUCAUCGCCUUGCCUUUGUUUCUCCUCUCUUUCUUUCCCAUCCCAUUCCAUGAUUGACAGCUCCAAUCGCAGAAUUCUCCAUAUGGGUUUUCUUUGCCAUCUAGUUCUGGACUGAACCCGUAUCUCUGUUUUUACUCUAUCCGGUUCUUUCUCUCCGUAGGAUCAACUGCCACCGUCAAUACAGUUUCUUACGUUUUCUCCAUGGCUGGUGGCAUCAAUUUUUUAAAUUCCAAGCAUGGGUCCAUUCCCCCCUUAUUUUCAUUUCAAAAGCCCAUGUUUUCAUGUUCCUUCGUUGUCUCUCUUUCUCGAGCUCGACUACUUCCUUCACACCCCCUACGAGCGAUUUAAUCUUUAAAUUCAAGAAUGACUUUGGCUCCGUUUUCGAUGUUCUUUAAAGCCCACAUCUUCUUUUCCUCUAUAUAUGUCUAGAACAGCUCUUUCUGUUGUUUCUCAAUUUGUUGGCUUUUAGAUGCUUGUUCGAGGGAAGAAAAGAGUGAACCAUGUACUUGUCUGAGAAACCCCGUCCGAUUGAUUUCUAUAAGGAGGAAGGACGUGACAUGAUGAUUGAAGUCGUCGGCAAUGGGGGUUUGCCGCUCCAGCAACAACCACAGCAGCAACAGCCGCAGAUGAUUCUUGCCGAGAGCAGUGGAGAAGACCAUGAGGUCAAGGCUCCCAAGAAGCGAGCGGAGACUUGGGUCCAGGAGGAAACUCGAAGCCUCAUCAGUCUUCGCCGGGAAAUGGAUAGUCUCUUCAAUACUUCAAAGUCGAACAAGCACCUCUGGGAGCAGAUUUCGGCGAAGAUGAGGGAGAAGGGUUUCGACCGUUCCCCAACCAUGUGCACUGACAAGUGGAGGAAUUUGUUGAAGGAAUUCAAGAAGGCAAAACACCAAGAAAGAGGUAGUGGCUCGGCAAAGAUGUCUUACUACAAGGAAUUGGAGGAGUUACUCAGGGAUAGGAACAAGAAUGCCGCUUACAAGAGUCCCACACUUUCCAAGGUCGAUUCCUACAUUCAAUUCUCAGAUAAAGGUCUUGAAGAUGCCAGUAUUCCUUUCGGAUCUGUAGAAGCUACUGGCAGGUCAACACUCAACCUUGAAAGGCGUUUGGAUCAUGAUGGACAUCCUCUUGCCAUUACCACAGCUGAUGCAGUUGCAGCCAGUGGAGUUCCUCCAUGGAAUUGGAGAGAGACCCCUGGAAAUGGUGGGGAGAGCCACUCUUAUGGAGGGAGGGUUAUAUCAGUCAAGUGGGGCGAAUACACUAGAAGGAUUGGCAUCGAUGGAACUGCAGAUGCAAUCAAGGAAGCAAUAAAGUCCGCAUUUGGAUUAAGGACCAGGCGGGCAUUUUGGUUGGAGGAUGAAGAUGAGGUUGUUCGGAGCCUUGACAGGGACAUGCCAUUGGGAAAUUACACCCUUCACCUUGAUGAGGGAUUGACAAUAAAAGUUUGCUUUUAUGAUGAGUCAGGUCGCAUACCUGUUCGUACUGAAGAAAAGACACUCUACACUGAAGAAGAUUUCCGUGAUUUCCUUACCAGGCGAGGUUGGACGGGUCUAAGAGAGUUAAGUGGCUUCAGAAGCGUCGAUACUCUGGACGAUCUCCGUCCUUGUGCAAUGUACCAGGGUGUGAGACUAUUAGGGGACUAAAACCUAAGGGGGGAUUGCUUGCUUUGGGAAAUCCUAAUUCCUAUUAUGAUGAGAGCAUUAAAUCUUCAAUAGUAUAUUGAUGCUGUUCGUAAGCUGCAUAAGAUGCAAUAGUACUUCAUCUUAUUGAGCUUCCUUGUCAGGGUAGCUGUUUCGGUUUUUGUUUUUCUUUUUUUUUAACUUCAUCACGCUGUAACAAACAAACAAUCUUGCUCAAUUGUGUAUAGUCCUUUAAUGGAAUAGUUGGAGGAAAGCAAAUAGGCCUAUGUUCACAGAAUACAUGGUUAGGGGGAAUUCCCCGUACAUAAAAAUCGUAUGUGUCUUGACAAAUCCAGUAUAAAUAUGUAUGGGUUUAUGUA